AUGCCGGACGGGGGACAGGUUCAGAACGUCGCCACUGGAAAGGCGCCGCGGCGGAGGAGGAGUGCUGCCGGCGCUGACGCUGUCAAGCAUCGCCGGACGAGGUCGGGCUGCUUUACAUGCAGGACGCGUAGAGUCAAGUGCGAUGAGACCCAUCCGAUCUGCGAACGAUGCCAGAAGGGUGGUAGGGAAUGUAAAUAUCCGGAAGUCGUUUCGUCGGCUAAAUCGGCAUCGGCCCAGAAGCGUCGCUCGGAGAAGCUCCCUGCCGAGGGUGCGAGGGAAGGAAGUUCAUCGUUGGAAGAUGUAGAGGAGGAGGAUGAUGAGUACCAGGACGGUCUCAGUCCCCCGGAGAGUGGCCCGCCAUUGAAACAGUCAGCCAGCACGAGCUAUCUCAAGGGGUCGGUGCAUGGGCGCAGAGAAUCGUGGCCUUCGUCCUCGGAACAGAGUCGCCGGAGCAAGAGUAGAAAGACGACGUCCUCUGCCGACCCGAGCCCGUCCCCACGCGACGCCGACUCAUCGGUACCGACCUCCCCCGCCGCCUCGCUGAGACGGACGGCUUCGACAUACAGCCUGAUCAAUUCCCAAGAUUGGGCGCAUCUUCCACGGGACGUGGCCUUUUACUUAAAUUACCACAACCAGAUGCUCACGUGCCACCACUACCUACUGAAGAACGACAUCGACAGCUUCUUCAAGACUUCGUUGCUCGAACAUGCCGUCAAGAACGAAGCACUGCUGUAUGCCGUUACAGCAUUUGCUUCCUUCCACUACAGCGUGUUCUACACCACAGGCGCGUUCCAAACUUUCCUCGAGUAUUACAACAAGUCGAUCGCUCUGCUGCGAAUUUCGCUGGACAAGGAGCACUCACUGGACACCGUCAUAACCAUCUUGCAGCUUGCGAGUUUUGAGGAAUAUUUGGGUGAUUGGGUCAGUCUGAUGGAACAUCGGAAUGCAGCCUCGAGGAUCAUCAGAACCAUGUGGACUCCGGAGACGAUGGCGCAAACGAGCGAGCAUCGGACGGUUUUCAACUGGUUCAUGCACUUCGAUCUGCUCGCAGCGUUGAUGGCCGGACACGAGCCGACUUGCGGUCCCGAAUGGUCGUGGUGGAAUCGAGAAGUCGUCGUGACCCUGCAGCAGGCCAAGCCGGACUACCUCGGUCUCAUGCUCGAGGAAGCGAUGUGUGCGUUCAGGGCUCUCUCGCUUCAUAUCUCUCAGAUGACAGCGGACCGCGCCGCGGGUGUCUUGUCGAUAGAAGAGUUCGGACAACUUGCGCAGGAAAUGUUGAACAAAUGCUACGAUUGGUGGAAUGAUUUGCAUCCAUCGAUCCUGGACGGAUCCGAACCCAUCCAAGCUUCCUCGAAGGUCGUAGCGGACAUUCCCGUCUGCCCGUUCAAGCCUGCGCCGUUGUACAAGGGAGAUCGAUGGGCAGUCAAUUUCUUGAUACUGGAUUACUAUGGCAUCAUCAUCGUCCUCAAGCACCAGAUAGCAUCUACCAGCAGCGACGGCCAUGAUCCAACUUUAGAUCCGUCACUCCAAGAGUAUGCGAUCAAGAUCUGCGAAGUCCUUGCAGCCAUCGAGGCUUACACCGAGACACCUGCUGGUUCGUUGUUGGCCGCUCAGGCACCGAUCGGACUCGCCGCCCUGUGGCUACCGAACCGUCACAAUUACCGUCGAUGGAUGCAGUACCAGUUGGCGAAGAUGGAGCAGAUGGGUUUUGUGUUCCCUCUUGCGUUCCGCACACGAAUCUCGGAAAUGUGGGAAAAUCCUCAGCUGAAACAUACCUGGGUUCUCAACAACUCGGAAACGGCAAUCGGCUUGACCAUCCGCCAGCUGGUGGACAUGCGUGAUGCCGAGAUACCACGGGAUACGCAGAGAGAGGACGUCAAGGCGAUUCGUACGUUGAUGAUGAAGAUGAGGUUGGACUCGAAGGGAAGCGGAGUCUCGCCACCGUCAAUGGAUAGUCCGCAGGAACCGCAAUACCAGCAGCAGCAUAUGGCCCAGGUCAUGGCGCCGCCGCCUUACAGCGAUAUGAACGAGGCGAAUAUGCAGCUCCACAAUGGAGGAACCCCGCAGCAGGAUCUACAGCAGUGGAUGUGA